CCAUGUAUGCAUUACUGAGACCUGUGAGACCCAUAUCCAAACAUUGCAUCUACACUGUAGAACUAAUCCAGUUUGACACCACUUUAGCUUGGAAUCAUAGGAAUGGCAGUUUUAUGCAACCCAAGAGUUCUGGUACCAAACUACAACUGGCAGAGUGACAGAGCCUUGAGCCAUGGCACUCAAACUGCAUUAAUUCUACAGUGUAGAUGCACCUCCAGGGUCAAGAUCAACCCAUUUGAACAAUCCAAAAGUAUAAGUGCAAUUUUUCUUAUUCAGUGACAGUCCAAUGACACGGAGACCCCUCCUCCUGGUCCCUGGCUUCUCCCUCUUUCCAGCUUCUGAGAUUUUGUUUUCAGGAGAGGAAGAAUGGUCAAAAUAACGGAGCUGAGUCCCUUGGCAUUGCCUUCAGUCUCGAAUUCUAUUCUCGGGCAGGAUUGCAGGCUGAGCCUGACUUCCAGGAGCCAAAGGCGUCUGUCCUAUUUCUUGCUACGGCCUGAACUGGCAAAUGGGAUCGUUUUUUUCCGAAUGGGCCCAAAAUAAAAUUGGCAGGAAGUCUGGAGUUCAUUGCUUGGCACACCUUGGUUCUUUGCAAGUGCGAGACUCUUGUCUGGCGCGACGUCUUCCCGUCAAAGUGCUUUUCCAGGAGUGGCGUUUGAGCCGGGAUUGGAAACGCUAGGAUUUCGUUUCAAAUUGGCUCGUUCUCAUAUUGUUUUGGAACAAGACCCAGAUCGGAUAAGAAGCAUCAACAAGAUAUAGAUCUGGAGUCUCUUGCUCUUCUCGUUCCGUUUGGGACGGUCUCCGUUCUUCGGAGAGGGCUUUUGUCUUUGCUUUUUUGUGCAUUAAGUAACCGGAGGGAAGCAGGGUUCGGUGGAGGCAAAGGCGGCCAAAAAAGACUCAGUUGGAAAGAGGCUCCUUCUGUUCUUCACGGGAGGGAGAGAAAAGGGGCCCCGUCGUCUGUAAGGACGCUGGAAAGCGGAGCAGGAGAACACAGCGGAUGGGAAAGCGGUGGAAUGAGAUAAACCGGGUCAAGGGAAUGCUGGGAAAGCUUGUAAGAGAGAGCCAGGGUUCGAAUCCGCACUCAGCCCUGGAAACCCCUUGGGUGCCCGUUGAGUGAAUGGCGGCGUGAUCUCCUUUGCCACCUUCCCGUCGACUUGCCAUUGACAUGUGAUUGAUUCAUAAUGAGCCAGAGUGCCGGUUCCCACCUGUCCGGUUCGCCCCAGCUCUCCCCAAGCGGCCUCCUGGCCCUCCUGGGCACCUCCCAGCCGGAGCGCAUGAGCCUCUCGGACUCCAUGCCGCCCACGCCGAAGAGCGGCACCCCGUCUCCGGGCCCGUCCCCGCUCUCGCUCUCGCUGCUGAGCCCCGGGUGCCUCGAGGGGGGCGACUGGGAGAGCCGGGAGGAGCUGCGCCUGCGCGAGCUGGAGGAGGCCCGGGCGCGGGCGGCCCAGAUGGAGAAGACCAUGCGCUGGUGGUCGGACUGCACGGCCAACUGGCGGGAGAAGUGGAGCAAGGUGCGGGCCGAGCGCAACAAGGCCCGGGAGGAGGUGCGGCACCUGCGGCUGAAGCUGGAGAACCUGGGCAAGGAGCUGACCGGCCUCAAGCGGGAGAGGCAGGAGGCCCUCAACGAGAAGGAGCAGCUGGGCAAGGAGCUGGCCCGGCUCAAAGCGGACUGCGGCAGCAAGGAGGAGGAGGAGAAGGAGAAGGAGCUCGACAACCGCGUGGCCUCCGAGAAGGAGAGCCAGGCCGCCCCGGAGCAGGAACCCGUGCGAGACCCGGGCUCCGAGAAGGUGCCCAAGAACAAGGAGUUUGAGCUGAUGGAGAACCUGCUGAAGAGCAAGCAAGACGGGCCGGAGUUCUGGGACCAGCGGAGUGCGGUCAGUGUCCGGUCAUCCCUGGCGCGCCAGGAGAGGAACCGGCUGCUCUGGGAAGACGCCUCCGCCAACGAGGACGAGGCCGCCAAGAUCACCGCACUCCGGCUGCGCCUGGACGAGUCCCAAAAGGUCCUCCUCAAGGAGCGGGAGGACAAGAUGUCUCUCAGCAGGAACAUUGAGAAGCUGGAAGCGGAGCUGAGCCAGUGGAAGGUCAAGUACGAGGAGCUGAACAAGAACAAGCAAGAGGUUCUGAAGCAGCUGAAUAUCCUGAAAGAAAUCCACCAGGAUGAGCUGGGACGCAUCUCCGAGGACCUGGAAGAUGAGCUGGGAGCGCGGUCGAGCAUGGACAAGAAGCUGGCGGAGUUGCGCUCCGAGAUGGAGCGCCUCCAGGCCGAAAACGCGGCCGAGUGGGGCAAGCGGGAGCGCCUGGAGACGGAGAAGCUGAACCUAGAGCGGGAGAACAAGAAGCUCCGGGCGCAGAUCGAGGACCUGGAGGAGGUUCUGGCCCGGAAGCGGAGGCAGGCCGUCAGCGCCCUGGACACCGAUUUCAGGACCGUCCAGGCGGAGCUCUUCGAGAAGAACAAGGAACUGGCGGACCUGAAGCAUGUGCACGCCAAGCUGAAGAAGCAGUGCCAGGAGAAGAUGGCGGAGCUGGCGCACGCCAACCGGAGGGUGGAGCAGCACGAGGCCGAGGUCAAGAAGCUGCGCCUUCGAGUGGAAGAGCUCAAGAAGGAACUGGCCCAAGCCGAGGACGAGCUCGAUGAGGCCCACAACCAGGCCAGGAAGCUACAGCGGUCGCUGGAUGAGCAGACGGAGCAAGGAGAGAACCUCCAGGUCCAGCUGGAACACCUCCAGUCCAGACUCCGCCGUCAGCAGAGCAUCCCCCUUUUUGGGAAGAUCCGCGGCUCGCGCUUUGGCCCCGACGACCCCGGCGACGGCACCAGCGACCUGGAUGAAGACGAAGACCUCCAGAUCCAAGUCCCUUAGCAGACAACGGCAAGAAGGAAUCUCAACGGUGCUGACGGAAGAGGCCCAGAGGCAACGCAUGGUCUCUUUUUCAUCAACCCAGAUGGAGGAGAGACCCUGGGCUACGGGAACAGAAAGAGGGACGUUGACACUUCCCUCGGUGACGUUGGCUGACCACGUUUGGAUCUGAAGACAUUGGUCCAGAGAUGAUUUCAAAGAGGGUGUUGCCAUGCAGUGCCCAUCCUCCUUGCCUUCCUUGUUCCACCAAACAUCUACAACUCCAACCCUCAAUCAAUAUAAUUUCCAUUUCUUUACAGCUGAACUCAAUGGCCAAUGUGUUGUGGGUCUCAUCCCCCUUGAACAAUCUCUCCUCCAGGUAAGGUUUUCCCCUGACGUUAAGCCCAGUCGUGUCCGACUCUGGGGGCUGGUGCUCAUCUCCAUUUCUAAGCCCAAGAGCCGGCGUUGUCCAUAGACACCUCCAAGAUCUGACUGCAUGCAGUGCCGUUACCUUCCCACCGGAGCAGUACCUAUUGAUCUACUCACAUUCUGGGGGCUGGUGCUCAUCUCCAUUUCUAAGCCCAAGAGCCGGCGUUGCCCAUAGACACCUCCAAGAUCUGACUUCAUGCAGUGCCGUUACCUUCCCACCGGAGCAGUACCUAUUGAUCUACUCACAUUCUGGGGGCUGGUGCUCAUCUCCAUUUCUAAGCCCAAGAGCCAGCGUUGCCCAUAGACACCUCCAAGGUCAUGUGGCAUGACUGCAUGGAACACCGUUACCUUCCUGCCGGAGCAGUACCUAUUGAUCUACUCACAUCUGCAUGUUUUUGAACUGCUAGGUUGGCAGGAGCUGGGGCUAACAGCAGGUGCUGUUAAACAUUGCUAAAACACAUAAUUAAGACGCAUAAUCUUUUAAAAACACUGUAGAAUACACAUAAAGAUAAAUGUUUCCCCUGACGUUAAGUCCAGUCAUGUCUGACUCUCAUCUCCAUUCCUAAGCCUAAGAGCCAGCGUUGUCCAUAGACACCUCCAAGAUCACGUGACCACUGGCAUGGCUGCAUGCAGCGCCAAUGUUACCUUCCCACCAGAGCAGUACCUAUUGAUCUACUCACAUUUGCAGGUUUUCAAAAUGCUGGGUUGGCAGAAGCUGGGGCUAACAGCUGGAGCUCACCCUGCUCCCCGGAUUGUAACUGCCAACCUUUCAGUCUGCAAGUUCAGCAGCCCAGCGGUUUAACCUGCUGCGCCUCCGAGGGGCUCGGGAGAAUACACAUAUUCUCUUUAAGAAUACACAUAUUAAAGCAUAUUUUCAUAAAAUACAUAUAAAAAUGAACAAAAUAAAAGUUAAUAGACACAGAGAGAUUUAAAAUUUGUCAUUAAGACUAUCUGGGAAAAAUUUGGGGAAGGAAGGAAGGAGAGAGAUGUGGAUUUCUCUUAACCACAGAACCUUCUCCUCUUUAAUACUUUCCUGCAUCGACUUUCCACUUCAUUUUGGAUAAGGAUUUGUCAUUUGAAAGCAUUGGUUUGUGUCCUCGGAGCAACAAUAAACUCUACAUUUUGCAGAUA